UACAUCCGUUGUGAUGCAUCAUGGGUAAUUUUCUCCAAUAUGGCGAAUGGGUUGUCAAAUCUCUUGUAAAUUUCCUUCUUUCAUUGGGUUUCUGUUCUCAAUUAUCAAGAUUUUUAGUUCAUCGACCUAUUGUAAAGAUUUUGUAGAGUUUAGGUGAACAGGUGUGGAUGACCGGAGGAUAUUUUUCCCAGCUGAGAAGGCUGCGGACCUGAUGAUUCAGCCAGAAGACGCAGGAGGGUGUUAUCGUUGAGCGAAAUAUGGAACAAGAAGAAAACUCGGAUAAUCAGCUGCAGGCUGGAGAAGAACCCACUGAGAAUGAGGAAGAGGGGGCGGAGUCUGCUGGAGUAGAGGAAGGACUGUUUGAAGCUCCUGAAGAUACUGAGACGUUUGACGAAGAGGGAGGAAACGAGGAAACGCUAGAUGAGGAGGAGGGGGAGGAGUUUGAAGAGAGUGGGGAGGAAGAUGAUGAUGAUGACGACGAAGAAGAAGAUGAAGAUGAAGGUGAUGAUGUCGAUGAAGACGGGCAGGAAGGAGACGAUGAUGAGGAGGAUGUUGACGAUGAUGGAGAAGAUGUUGACGACGAUGGAGAAGACGAUGAGAAUGAAGAUGUUGAUGAUGAUGACGACAAUGAUGAUGAAUGGGAGAACAUUGAUGAGGCGCAGAAAUGUCCCGUUUGUCUGGAUGUCUUCUGGGAGAAGGAAGUUGGGACCCCAGAGAGCUGCGAUCACAUCUUCUGCUUGGAUUGCAUCUUGGAGUGGAGCAGGAACAUAAACACGUGUCCUGUCGAUCGGAGUCUGUUUCGUUCCAUCUUGGUGCGCCACUCGCUCCAUGGUGAGGUAGUCAGGAGGAUUGAGGUUGAUGAGAGGAAACCAGACGAGCAAGACGAUGACGAUGCUACUUAUUGUGAGGUGUGUGGACGUUGCGACAGGGAAGAUCGUUUGCUUCUUUGCGAUGGCUGUGAUGCUGGCUACCACUGUGAGUGUCUGGACCCUCCUCUUGAACACAUCCCUAUUGAAGAAUGGUACUGCCCAGAAUGUGUGGCCCAAAACAGGCAUCAAGAAGACAGCAGUGAGGAAGAGCCAGAGACCAUUGCGCAUCAUGCCUCAUGGUCCGCUGAGCAUCAAGACGAUCGCUCAGCGACACGCAGACGACGUCACAUGACUCGUGAGCAUCCCCCGGCCAGAGCCAUCGCUAGGACUCACGUCAGUGAACGAGUCCGAGCCAGAAUCACUCAGGCUAGAGCAGCGGAACGGCAAGUUGAACAGCGUAUGUCUGGAACCAGUGGCACAGCUAGAAAGAAACCAGUGAAGCGUAAGACAACCAAGAAACGUAAGACCACCAAGAAACGGCGCACCACCAAAAAGAGGAAGGUUUCCUCAAAGACGGGAACAACUAAGACACCUGGGAAGAAAAGGAAAUUCAAGAGGAGAAAGAAACGACGCUCAAAGACCAACAAACGUGUCACCAAAGCAGCAGGUCCGAAGACAAUCCGAGGAAGGAUUGCUGGCAAACUGAUGUUAGUCAAGCCACGGACGGGCAGCAUGAUGCCUGACAUGAAGGUCAAAGGUCAACAGACUUUGGGAUUCCGGAGGUCUGAGAUCGGAGCAGCAGCAUUGACGAUCACUGGUAGCGAUAACCUGCUUGACCCAAGUGAAACGGCAUCAACAAGUUCAUAUGAAGCACCAACAACUAGCACACGCACUUCUCAAUUUGUUUCUUCCUCCUCAACGACGGAUCUUCUUGGAAGUAUUAUAUCAUCUCAAGACAUGCUUCACAUGCAAAGCAAAGAUGUCACCAUCCACAGAGACGGAUCACUAACCAAGAUCAGUCUGGGUGAUACAGAAUCAAAACCAAGAAAGCCCUAUCAACUUCCCUAUCAGUCUAAAGGUCAGAAUCCAGAAGAGAAAACCAACCCCAGACGAAGCAGUACUUCCCCCAGCGAUGGUAAGAGGAGAGACAAUCCUAGCCCAAGACGUCACUCCCAAAGCGACACCGAGAAGAGAACAAGAUUCCACUCUGCUAAGGACAGGAAGGAUCUUGAGAAAUGCUCUAGUCCUCAAAAAGCUAAGAAGGACAUUGGAAGCAGGAGAUCAGGUCAAGAAACAGAGCAAGGAGGUGCACAUGGAGACGGGCAUCUUGAGAGUGGAGAAGAUGAUGAUGUUGGAAAUGAAGAUGAUGAGGGAGAAGAUGGGAAGAUGGAAGAAGUUGAAGAGGAAGGAGAAGAAAUGGAAGAUAAUGAUCCAAUCUCUGAUGCAGAGAAAGUUUCUAGAAAGCAUGAUGGAUCAAUCACCUGCCAAGUUUCCAGCAGCAGCUUUGAGGAAUCCCAGUCUGAAGAAGAAGAAGGUGCUAUCAAUGAGAACAAAUCCCCUAGGAGGCCCAAAGGAAGGGCGGGGUUGGAUGAAGAGGAGGAGGGCAUAAUCCGAGACUCGGAGCAAUCCAAGCAUAGAGAUCGUAGAAGCUUGAAGGCGAGAGGAGAGGAUUCCAGAAAUGGAUCUGGAAGAUCUAGACGGAAGUCAUCAUUAGAGGAGGGGCUUAUUGAGGAAGAUGGAGAUGAAAUGCCCCCUCCAUCUAAAAGGAGCGGCUCCUUCUCUGAGGAGGAAGGAUUAAUUGAAGACGAGCAAGAUUUGAAGAUGCGGAGUGUGAAACAGCACAUGAAGUCACAUUCAGACGAGGAAGGACUAAUUGCAGAUGAUGAAGAUCAAGGCAGUAAACUAAAGCAAGUCUUGGAAUUAUCCAAGGAAACAAGGAAGCAGGGAAGCAGUGAAGGACACACUGGACACUCAUCAGCAGAGGAAGGAGAAGUCAAGACUGAUGAGGAGGAAGGAUCAAGUAGUAAUCGGAAGAAACGAAAACGGGAACGUGAUCGUGAACGCCGGCGUCAACGGAACAGAAAAGACACUCGCACUGUGGUUAUUGAUUCAGAGAUGUCACUGGCCAUUCCUAAGAGACCUAUGGUUGAGAUACAGAGAGAGCAGAAGAUGAAUGAGGCAAGGAAAGCGGAGCAGGCAUUGUUGAGGGAGAGAGAGUUUGAUCAUCCCGGGGAGCAUGGUGUCUUUGGUGAUCUUAGACACGUCAUUCAAGUUAAAAGGGAUGUGCCACAUAAGAGGCCAAGCCGUUAUGAGAAUUAUUGGGCAGAACUGGAGAGACAUCGAGCAAUAGAGUCCCAACUGGCAGAGAAACCAGUAACGUGGGAGCGCGUUGGAAUCUACGAGAGACCGUACCCAUAUGAGGAGGAUUGGAACAGGAUGAUGCUUGAACGAAAGCCUCUAGAACCUCAGUGGGAGAAUUUUACAAUCCAUCGGGAGAGGUCACCCAUGGACUGGAGGAAAGAGCGGGAUGUUAUUGAGGGAAGGGUUGAAGCAGAGAGGAGAAUUGAGAUGGUUCAACAGAUAGAUCACGACAGGAGGUUUGAAACCAAGAGAAGAGAAGGAACAGAACAGAAAGUGGCACCUGAACGCCGGUUGGCUGAACGGAAGGCGGAUGCUAAGAAAGAUCAAGAACGGGAGAAGAAAUCAGAUUCAUCCAGGGUCGGCGUAAAAAGGGUUGAAAUAAACAAAGGAAGAGGUGACCAUAAGAAAGUUUCAGAGUCCAAAAGAGAAGGAAAACAAAAGGGCGAUGUUGAAAGUAAGAAUGCCCAGAAAGGUGAUGCCAAUCGAAGACAAAAGCCUAACCCAGGAAGUGAGAAUAGUCGACGGAAACCUGAAGACGGCAAAAGGGAGUCUCAUCCUAAAGCUGACACAGGUCGCUCUGAGAAAGACCUUCUUCCUCGCAAACAAGACAGAGAUCGACAGGAAAAGGGAAAACACAAGAGCAGUACAGAUGAAAAGAAACGCAGAGAGGUGAACAAAUCAGACCCACAGCCUAGAAAUCCUGAAUCUUCAAAGUCUUCAAGCAACAGGGAUAAGGAUGGGCAAAAGGAUAAACACAGAACCGAAAAGCAAAAAUCGGAGCGGGACAUCUCCAAAGACAGACGAGAGAGGGAGUCUACAAAGGGUAGAGGCCAGCAACAUUCAAACGAGCACUCGCGUGAUAAGGAUAGAGUACAACAGCAGGAACGGUCAGAGAAAGAUCGUUCAGAACGUAAAAAUAGUACUGAGAAACAGAAGCAUCAUUCUGGAUCUCGCAGCAAGGAACGCUCCACCUCAAGAGGUCAUUCAGACCGUUCUAGCAAACAUUCACAGGAUAGACACGUCCAUGAACAUUAUGAAGAUCCCAAAAAGAUCAGUGAAAGAGUGGAUUCUGACAAGCGAGGAAGUGGCAAGUACAGAGACCAUGCUUCAGCUCCCAAGGAAAAAGAAAAGAACCACAGUAAAGAUGGAAGUAAAAUCACAGACAGCGGUAGAUCAGAGCAGAGUGACGUCCAGCAAGCAACCAGUACAAGUGAUCAACAGAUCCCUACUCACACCAAAUCAACCAAACGUAGCAUCCGGCGAGCACGAAGUCUAAGCUCAUCACAAACGGGUGAAACAGGGGAUGAGUUUGAAACUAGUAAACAGCAGUCUUCGAAGCAGCUGCCUAUCACAGUGCCAGCUACAGAAAUGGUGUCUGAUAAACCAAUUGUGGAAAAGGUUAAGAAGAAGAAGAAAGAUAAAACAAAGAAAUUAAAAAAUAAAUCCAAUGAAAAAGAUGGUGUCAAAGGCAAGAAGGUGAAAAAGACGAAAGGUGGAAAAGCAAAGAAGCAGAAGGUUGCUGGGGUAGAAAUUGCCAAGGCAAAGGUCACAGAAGAAGCAAAGGAGGAUGAGCCGCAAGAAGAGCAAUCAGAAGAACAGCCCAAAGAACAUCAUGAACGGUCUGAGGAAGCAAGUCAAGAACUCCCUGACAUCACGUGCCCUGCAAUGUCCCCUGUUAUUCUGGAACCCUCCGAAAAAGCCGGAACAGAAGACGCCGCAGAACAGACAACAGAAAACCUCAAAAACCAGGUUGACAAGGAACAUACAGAAAAGGCAAAAGAUGAGGACUCUUCAUCUGAUGUUGAGAUGGUCAUGGGACCAGUGAAGAACAUUUUUGAUGUGAUCAUUGACUUGAGCCAAAUUUCUUCUGACGAGGAGGAAAGCUUUCCUCAAACUUUAACUUCUGCCGCCAAACAAGGAAAAGACAACUCCCUGUAUGAUCCAUUUGAACCCACCGCCUCACCUGAAACAAUCAGUUCUCCGGAUAUUUCUCACAAGCAUGUCAGUCAGAGACAGUCUCAGAAAUCACGGGAUCGAAGUCCCACUCCUGAUAGGAGAACUAAAAGAAGCCCCUUGGCAAGGAGGUCCUCACCGAAGCGGAGAUCAAGCAGACAAAGAAGCAUUUCUCCAAAGAGGAGAAGUCCACCAAGAAAAAGGGCGUCAUCCAAAGACCAUGGGCAUUCCUCUAGGAAACGAAGUAUUACUCCACCACGCAAAAGUCUUCCAAAACGAAGAAGUCCGAGCCCAAGACGUAAUGUGUCUGUUCGUAAGCGUACUCAUUCACCACGGAGGAGUCCCUCAAGGUCCCAAAGGAGACCUUCACCAAAAAGACAACUCUCGCCUCGAAAACGAAGUUUGUCUCCAAGAGAGCACAGUAGUUCCAAAAGGCGGAGAGAGGAACCAUCUAGACAACGUAGUAUAUCUCCAAAAAAGAAUGUUUCUCCUAGAAAACGAAAGACCUCUCCAAAGAAAAGCAUUUCACCGCGAAGACGACAUGUAUCUCCAAAGAGACAUAAUAGGUCGCCAAGAAAACGAAGUGAAUCACCAAGACACAGAGCUCCUCCACAGAAGAGAUCCAUCUCUCCCAGGAAACGAAGUGUCCCGCCAAGGAGACGUAGUCAUUCUCCAAGACGACGGAGCCCUUCUCCAAGACGACGGAGCCCGUCUCCUAAAAGAAGACGUGUUUCACCUCCAAGACAUGAUCCAUCUCCCAGACACCGAAAUGUCUCUCCCAGGAGGCAUACAGAAUCUUCAGGAAGACAAAAUCGUUCUCCUCAAAGACGAAGUAUAUCCCAACAUCGAAGAGAACACUCAUCAUCAAAGAGGCCAAUCUCUACUAGAAGGAGUAUCUCCCCAAGAAGCUCUUCAACCAGCUCCAGAAGUUCUAGAAGCCCAAGUUCCUCGAGUAGCUGGUCUUCCUCUUCUAAUAGUUGGAGUUCUUCUUCUUACAGUCGAAGCCGUUCAGACAGUAGAAGCCGGUCAUACACUAGGAGCCCCUCAUACAGUAGAAGCCUCUCGCCCAGUCAAAGCCCAUCACCCAGAUCUCGACGAUACUCAAGAGAUCGUAGCUCCUCAUCCUUCCGUUCUGAAAGCAGCAUCUUUUCUGAUCGAAGCACAACACCAGACAAGACUCCUGCUGGAAGGUCUCCAAGUCCCAAGAGACUACCUGCAGUUCUUCGUCAAAGCCCAACCCAGACUAGUCCUGAGUACAGACACCGAAUCCCCUCUGAAUCUGAGAAGCCGUUCCCAGUGCAACCCCGUCAAGAGCUUCCAGAUAGCACUCAAGGGUCGUACAGAUUGGCACCACAAAGUCCCACAUCACCUGAUCAGACCAUGGCACCUGCUACUAGUACAACAGACUCUCAUCUAGCAUCUAAGGCGAGCAGUCAAAUCAGUCACAUCCUGGGCCAGCUGGCGAGCAACCCGGCCAUUCAAUCGGCUAUCAACUCUGCAAACUUAAAGAGCCAGAGAGAAACUGACGACUCCUCCGAUGGAUCUAUCUCAGGAUUUCUGAAAUCUAGCGAGGCAUCUUUCAAUUCGCCAUCUGGGAGACCACUACAGAUAAAUGAAGGGACGGAUGAUAAGGACCUUCAGAGUCUUGGAGAUGUCAGUGAAGACAACAUUGAGUCCUCGGCUGUUGACUUGUACAACAAAAACUCAAGAGAGAGGUAUCUGAAGAAGUUGCAGCAUCAGGAACGUGUAGUUGAAGAGGUCAAACUAGCCUUGAAACCGUACUACCAGAAACGAGAAGUCACUAAGGAAGACUACAAAGAAAUCCUGCGCAAGUCAGUCAAUCAAGUGUGCCAUAGCAAGAGUGGUGAGAUCAACCCAGUCAAGAUCAAGCGGCUCAUCGAGGGCUACAUCAAGAAAUUCCACGGCAAAAAAAAAGUGGAAGAGAAGAAAGAGCCGGGCAGACCAGACCUUGCCUUCCGACUGCUGACCAAGAGUUGAAGCACAGCUACUUUUUAAGUACAAAACCGCAUUUUAUGGUUUUUAUUUUGUAUACCAUCUCCAUAUUAAUAAGCUUCCGACAUUGAUUGUCUUCGGGGUUUUCA